CUUUUUGUAUUGCAUAUUGUUUAAUCUGAUUUUACGUCGGUAUAAGUUUUCUUUGUUAUUAUUAUUGGGUUCAUAUUUACUAUUAACUUUUUGUAUUGCAUAUUGUUUGAUCUUAUUUUACGUCGGUAUAAGUUUUCUUUGUUAUUAGUAUUGGGUUCAUAUUUAUUCUUAACUUUUUGUAUUGCAUAUUGUUUGAUCUGAUUUUACGUUGGUAUAAGUUUUCUUUGUUAUUAUUAUUGGGUUCAUAUUUACUCUUAACUUUUUGUAUUGCAUAUUGUUUGAUCUGAUUUUACGUUGGUAUAAGUUUUCUUUGUUAUUAUUAUUGGGUUCAUAUUUACUCUUAACUUUUUGUAUUGCAUAUUGUUUGAUCUGAUUUUACGUCGAUAUAAGUUUUCUUUGGUAUUAUUAUUGGAUUCAUAUUUGCUCGUUUGCAUUACAUAUUGUUUGACGUGAUUUCGCGUCGGUACAAGUUUUCUUUGUUAUUAUUAUUGCUUCAUAUACGUACAAUUACACCUAUAUAAUAUUCAAAAUCUUAACACUAAAUAUAAUCGAGAGUGACAACGUGAAUUAAAAUCGAAUACGACUGAACAGCAACACUCAUACAAGAAAUUCAUGUCAGGAGUGUUGUUAGAUUUGAUUCAAUUGGGAGUUGAAGCUGAUAAAUUCGUUGAACAGGACGUGGGGCAUACAAUGGCCUCACGAAGUAGUUUGAGUCCCACGUGGACAUUUCCUUCUCGUAAUAGUCCUAGGUGGGUCACCAGGGAGGUCUGUGGCAACUGCAAUCAAUCGAGUUCCAGGAAUGUUCCCCAAGUGGUGGCAAAGUGUCUAGAUUGCACGUACCUUCUUUGCGAACCAUGUCUGAUGGCUCAUCAAAGGGGUCGUCUGACAAGAAAUCACAGAAUUCAACUUGACACAAGAAGCAAUACACCAAGUCCAUCUUCAGCUGUUACCUCUUACUCACCCCCACCAACAAUUACCUUCUAUUGCGAUGUUCAUCAGGAAAUUAUAAAACUUUACUGCGAGCCUUGUAAAGUGGUAUUAUGUGAAGUAUGCGUAAACAAGGAUCACAGGGGUCAUUUUGUGUACCAAUUGUGGUGGGCUACUAGAGGUGGUGAAUUUACUCCGCUCCAUAUAUUGAAUGAAAUUUGCAGUGGAAUCUCAAACAUUCUACGAGGGAUUAAACUAGUCGAGCAUACUGACGAAGAUAUGGACAGAUGGGUGAUUCAGGCAGACCCUUUUUUGAGGAUAAGGAUCUCUGAAGGGUUUCCUAUACUUUGUGAAGAGCGAGAGAAAUUGCUGACUGCAAUUCAGAGAAUAAAGCUGAUGAGAGACGAAAGACUAGAGGUUAGAACACAAGCUCUUACGAAAAUACUCCUUGGACUAUGGGAUAUUUUUAACAGACUUAGGGAAGCAAUCGAUCAACACACGACAAAUAAUCCGAACGAACUUUUGUGUAUCAAGGAAACGGGUGCCAAAGAGGUGCUUCAGAUUCGUCAAUAUCAGAAUUCUGUAGUACCCAGGGACGACGACUGGAUGUCAUUCCUAGAUUCAGAUUUCAAUUUGGUAAAUUCAUUCGCCUCCGUGGGACCAGUCACUUUUGGAAAUCCAGGCCCCAUAGGAGAUCAUCGAUCUGUUAGAGGUCGGACAGCGGCAAUAGAAACUCCCAUGGGCAGUAGUAGGAUAGUAUCCAACUCCCCACGGCAUGUCAUACCUCAUGGUAGACCUGUGCUAGGAUGCAAUCUUGUCGUAUCUUUGAAAAUCAAUCGCAGUUUAAAUACUAUGGGAUUAAGAACAGUUGCUAUUUGGGGUUCAGAAGGGAACAAAGAUGGAGAGUUAUGCAGACCCUGGGGUGUUUGCUGCGACAAGAAUGGAUAUAUCAUCGUAGCAGACAGAUCGAAUAAUCGUAUUCAAAUUUUUAAAGAAAAUGGUACUUUUGUAAGAAAAUUUGGUACCCAGGGCUCUGGUCCGGGUCAAUUUGAUCGACCCGCCGGUGUAGCUACAGACUCGCAAAGCCACAUUGUGGUUGCUGACAAAGAUAAUCAUAGAAUUCAAAUUCUUACCUUCGAAGGACUAUUUCUACAUGCCUUUGGUGAAAAGGGCUCUAGGCCAGGCCAAUUCAAUUACCCUUGGGAUGUGGCUGUUAAUUCUGAAGGCCAAAUAGUUGUCUCUGACACACGAAAUCAUCGUAUUCAACUAUUCACACACCAAGGUGUAUAUUUAGGAAAGUUUGGCUUCGAAAAUACCACUGGUCCUUGGAAGCACUUUGAUUCGCCUCGAGGUGUUGCUUUCUCUCCAGAGGGCAACAUAAUUGUAACCGACUUCAACAAUCACCGGCUAGUCGUUAUUCCGCCGAACUUGGGAACCGCAAGGUUCUUAGGUGGGGAAGGUACUGCUUUAAAGCAAUUCUUGAGACCACAGGGUGUUGUGGUAGACGACGAAGGGCACAUCGUAGUUGCAGAUUCUAGAAAUCACAGGAUACAGAUAUUUAAACCGUCAGGAGAGUUAUUGUGGAGGAUAGGAAGUUCGGGUAAAGCACCUGGCGAACUCGAUAGACCCGCGGGCAUAACAUUAACACCCAAUGGAGCAAUAGUUGUCGUUGACUUCGGUAACAACAGAAUUCAAAUAUUCUAGAUUUUAAGAAGCAAAAACCAAUACCGUUGCAAAACUGUAUAACUCAGAAACUGAGGUCAAUCACUUGAUACAUUUUUAGCAAGAAGUAUGUAGCGUGUUAUGUAGCGUGUUAUGUGUUUAUAGAAUCUUUUUUUCGAGUCGAGCUUAGGCAUAUAUACCGGGUGUCCCAUUUUAAUCUUAUAUCUAAAUUAUCUCGAAAAAUAUUGCUCUGAUCAAAUUUUGUUUGAAACAAAAGUUUUAGAGUUCAAAGGGGGACGUUCAAAAAAAAU